GGCAGACAGCGGGGCGGCGGCGGCUCCUUCCGGUCUCCUGCCAAACCUGUCAAACACCAGUCCAGUAAAAUUCAGACCUAACGGUAUCCUUUCUAAAAAAGAGAGUCCUAUCUGACUGCCUUUUCUGCCUUUCCUGUGUUUAACCCGUUGACCGGUGGGCAGCUCCCCAACUCGGACGUGUACGCCUCCGCUUGCUGACUGACGGGUAAACGCGGCCCUUCGACAGGCCGCCUGACAGGCGGCAGAAGUGACAGUUACAACAGGAAGUGCCCUGCUUCAGCUUCUCUUCAGUGCGUCCGCCACGUAGGGAAAAGGAGCCCACAUUGAAGUGACAGCUGAAAACCAACCCCAACUUCAGCCGCGUGGGCGGUGCUCUCUCCCUUUGCGCAUCCGGCGGAAGGCCCUGCUGAUUGGCUGCCGUCCUGCCGGCGGGGCGCGGUGAUUGGUCGGUGCUGACCCUUGACGUCAGCGGGGCCUUCUGGGCGCGCGCGCCGGAGCAGCUUUGAAAGUGAGGCGAGCGGCCGUCAUGGAGGCUUGCGGGAACCUGGCGUGCGCCCUGCAGACCUGGUGCCCACUGGACCUCAGCCAAGAAUGGGUGGAUGGAGUAUGGGAACUGGAAUUCACGGAGACCGAGCCUCUGGAUGCCAGCAUAGAAGCAGAGAUUGUGCAGACUGGACUGAGCGCAUUCACAGAGCUUUACAGCGCAAUGCUACCUUUUGCUACUGAAAAACGUGAAGCUGCUGAGAGCAUUUGGACCUUCUUCAUGGAGAACAGAAUUUCCCACAAUGCGCUGAUGGCCUUGUUUCACCACUUCGUUUAUAAGGUCCUUAAGAAAAACGUCAGUGCUCAGCAGCAGGAAUUCGGCCUUCAUGCUGCCGGGCUGUAUUUUCUGCUAUUGGAAGUGCCAGGCAGCGUAGUCAAUCAAGUUUUCCAUCCAGUGAUAUUUGACAAAUGCAUUCAGAUUCUAAAGAAGUGCUGGCCUCAGGAAUCCAGCUCGAAUCAGAAAAGAAAGAAAGAGCAACCAAAGAACACUCAGGGCAGCUCACAGGAGAGCAGUAAGAGAGCAAGGCCCCACAGGAGAGAGGAGGUGGAGAUGGAUGAAAGUGCUCAAGAAGAAGAGGGUGAAGAGAGUAUUUUUUUUUCUUCUGAAGAUCGUCGUCAAAUUCGAAAUGUCAUCUUUCAAGUUUUGAAGAACUUUAUAAGGCUUCUUUCUAAAUUCUCCUUAAAAGAAAAGCCAGAGUGUAUACAGAAUUGUGUGGAGGUCUUUGUUGCGUUAACUAGUUUUGAACCAGUUCGUUACGAAUUCCAGGCUACGCAAGCCCGAAUUCUCAGAGAAAUGAAAUGUAUACCAGAACUGGCCUAUCACGGAUUGUAUUUGCUUUGUUCCCCUCUUCACAGAGAAGGAGACAAGGUUCUCAGAUACGUUUUGCAUCAAAUGCUCUGCAUAAUACUGAUGGUAGAAGUGGGUAAAGGCUCCCAUCACACCCCCCUUGCCAUCACACCUCCGGUUGUCAGCAGUAGGAAGCUGGCCGUCCAGUUUGUAAGUUUGCUGGUGGAUGAACUUAAAGAAAGCAUGUACCCAGUCCUUCGUACUCUACUGCAGCACAUCUGUGUCAAGGUGGUCGACAAAUCUGAGUACCGGACUUACGCAGCUCAGUCCCUGGUCCAGCUGCUCAACAAGCUUCCCUGUGCAGAAUAUGCCUCUUUCAUGGCCUGGCUUUAUGGAUUAACGCGCAAUGCCAAGGUCUCCCACCGGGUCUUCACUCUUGAUGUGGCCUUGGCCCUCCUGGAGCUGCCUGAACGAGAGGUGGAUGGCCCGCUGGCCCCCGAGCAUGAGAAGUUCCUGAAGCAUAAGUUCUUGGUUCAGGAAAUCCUGGUCGCCCGCUGUAAAGACAAGGCCCCGACGGUGCGCAGCAAGGCGCUCUCCAGUUUUGCACUCUGCUUGGAGUCCUCUGCCACAGCCCCGUCGGACAGCAUCCAGGAGCUCCUGCAUAACACUCCUGCAGUUCCAGGAGUACAGAGCCACCGACAGAGUCCAUCAACAAAUUCAUCAGCUUUUUCCUAUCAGAGGCAGGUACCUAACCCUUCUGCAGGUUCAGAGGUGAUCCACACAGACAGCAGUGGUGAAGGAGCCGGAUCUAUGGCAGAAAUGGGUUUCCUGGUGUCACUGAGGAAUAGGGUCGGCGACGAGAAGACCAGCGUCAGGAAGUCUGCGGUCCAGGUCCUGGUGAACCUCCUGAAGCACUGCGACGUCGCGGGUCUGCAGGACGAGCUCAGCAUCCUGCAGGACCGCUGCCGGGACGUCGCGGUGUCCGUCCGCAAGCAGGCCCUGCAGUCUCUCACCGAGCUGCUCCUGGCCCAGCCGCAGUGUGUGCAGAUACAGAAGGCCUGGCUGGGGGGCGUGGUCCCAGCCGUGACGGACGACGAGAGCAGCGUGCAGGACAAGGCCUUGGAGUGCCUGGACCGGCUCCUGCUGCAGAGCAUCCAGCACCACAGCGAGGGCCACGAUGCAGACGGCGGCCAGGCGCUCGCCUGGGCGCUGCUGACGCUGCUGGACACGGACAGCCGGAAGCUGGGCUGCUACUUAAACAAGGCUUUUCAUAUCUGGUCCCGGAAAGAUAGAUUCUCCCCCACUUUUGUAAACAACGUGCUCUCCCACACGGAAAAGGAGCACUCUGCGCCCGCCUGGAUGCUGCUCGCCAAGGUGGCUGGUGCGUCGCCCGUGCUGGACUACUCCACCGUCAUCGAGGCCUGGGAGAGGAUGAGCAGCCAGCAGAGCCCCAGUGAAGACACCUUGGGGCACAUCCUGUGUGUCAUCCGGCACAUCGCCAAGCACCUUCCUCAGAGCACCCGGGACACAGUGGCAGAUGUUCUCAAGAAAAAGCUGAAUGGAUUCUGCUGGUCGACAAUGUUGAUCACCCCAGCUGUUGACACUUUACAGAGCCUGUGCCGGGCAGCUGCAGGGACACCGGCGGAGGAGCAGGAGUUACUGGCGCAGGCGUCUGGGGACGUGCUCGCCACCUGCGUGCGCCACCUUUCCGACAUCAUCCUGAAGGAGGACGGGCUGGGCCGGAUGAGAGAAGACCUGAUGGUGAAGUAUGUUUUCACCUUAGGAGACAUCGCUCAGCUCUGUCCAGCCAGAGUGGACCAGAGGACCACCCUCCUGAUUCUGUCUAUCCUGGCCGCGUCUCCCAGCAGAGAGCCUCGGCCCCAGGCACCCCCGGGCAGCAGUGUGGCCCCAGCCUCCCAGCCCCUCUCCCAGGUCCAGGGCGUGGUCAUGCCCUCAGUGGUCAGAGCACACGCCGUCAUCACCCUGGGGAAGCUGUGCUUACAGCACGACGACCUCGCGAAGGAGAGCGUCCCCGUCCUGGCGCGGGAGCUGGAGCUGGGCAUAGACGGGAACGUCCUCAACAACAUCGUCAUCGUCCUGUGUGACCUCUGCGUCCGCUACACGGCCCUGGUGGACAAGUACGUCCCCACCAUCUGCACGUGUCUGAAGGACCCGAACCCGUUCGUCCGGAAGCAGGCGCUGCUCCUGCUCACGGGCCUCCUGCAGGAGGACUUUGUGAGGUGGAAGGGCUGCCUGUUCUUCCGCUUUGUCAUCACAGUCGUGGACCCGAACCCAGAGGUCGCCAGCACCGGGGAGGUCUGCCUGGUGCAUCUGCUCCUGAAGAGGAACCCGACCAUAUUCUACCAGCACUUCAUCGAAUGCAUCUUCCAUUUCACCGGCUAUGAGAAGCAUGAAAGUUUCAAUAGGUUCCCCCAGUCAGACAGAGAGAAGCGGCUCUUCUCCCUGAAGGGGGGUAAGAACAGGGAGAGAAGGAUGAGGAUAUACAAGUUCCUCUUGGAACACUUCACGGACGAGCAGCGGUUCAAUAUCACUUCCAGAAUCUUCGAAAACGUCCUGGCCUGCUUCGCUGACGGCGACCUGCCCCUGGACAUGGAAGCCAGCGAGCUGCUCUCGGACACGUUUGAAGUGCUCAGCUCGAAGGAGAUCAGGCUGCAGGCGCUCAGGGCCAGAGCAGACAGGGACCAGCUGGGGGAGGAGGAGGAGCUGGCCCCUGCCAGAGCGGCCCUGCAGGAGUCGCAGAAGAAGCUCCUCUCGCAGGUUCAAAAGAGGAAUUUAAUAGAAAUGAUUAUUCCAAUUAUCACCUCCCUGAAGUCUGCCCUAGAAAAGAACAAGAUCCCAGCUCUGCGAGAACUCAUGCUCUACCUCAGGGAGGUGAUGCAGGAUUACGGAGAUGAAGUCCAGGACUUCUUCACAGUUGACAAGCAGCUGGCCGCAGAACUCGAGUACGACAUGAGGCGCUACCAGGAGCAGCUGGCUGAGCAGCAGCAGCCGGUUCUGAGUUUGGAAACAAUUCCAGCUCCUGCUGGCCGAGAAAAAGACCCUGUGGCUGCUGCCGCGGACCAGCCGUUCACGCCCAGGCCCCACGCUGCACACACGGCUGCACCCCUGUCUCUGGUGCCCAAGGACAGGCCCAUGUCGGCAAGCACCAUGGACAUCCUGAGUUCCGUCAAGAAGGUCGUCGAGUCGCGCCGCUGGCACGGUAACCGGACCACGGGUCCGCUGCCCUCGGACAGUCGUCCUGAGAGCCCUGUGCCCGUGCGGGUCUUGGAGCUGGAGUCCAGUGGAGCUGACCCGGAGUCCAGCGGAGCUGUUGACUUCGAAACAAAGCGAGGGAUCAGCACCCCUGAGCAGACCAUCCCAAAUGUCACUUUUGGCUCGGAAAUCAGCUACAUCGUGUCACCGGGCCAGUCGCUUCCCCUCCAGAGCAGGAGCAGGAGGCGUGCCCCAGGAAGCCGGCGGGGCUCAAGAGCUGCAGGCCAGGGGGACAACGUUCUGUGUCUCUCACUGCCCGACAUGCCGCCCCCGCAGACUUCCCAGUGGAACGUGAGGUCUCCCUCCAGAAGCGAGGACCACAGUGCCUCCAGGAGGCCACGCCGCCAGGCCUCCAAGAAGAGGGCCAAGUGACCACCUCUCUGGGAGUUCUCACCUGGAGCCCCGGGGCCACCCGCCUGUUCAGCUCUGUGGCUGGUCAACACCUGGUUAAGAACUGUAACACACCAGGGAAAUGCCUUACGUAUUUAAUACGGACUUAAAUAUCCAAAAACAUCCAGCUCAUUCUAAUAAGCUCUGUUCUGGUCCCAGUCCAGAAUGUUGUCUCUUAGAAGUCCUGCUUCUGUUAGCUGUUUUCCAGUUCCUUAUAGUAAGGACACUGCUUCCUAUAUCUGUUAUCCUGACUGUAAUAUUUUUUCUAUUGUUAUUAAAUUGCAAACUUUUUAAAGCUUC